AUCCUGUUGUCUCCUUUCACAUCCAGCUCAUAAACACUUGCUGGAGAUUGACAUUGCCUCCUCCUAACAAAGACACAUGAUAUUAUUCAUUGAACUUUUUAUACAAUUAUCACUUUCUGAUACAAAAAAAAAAAUAUUAAAGGCACAGUCUUUAAAUCCCAUCUCUCUAACCACUACAAAAGCCCUAAGCCAUCUCAUUCUUCUUUGCACUAUCCCCCUGCAGUCUUCAAGAAAUACCCGUUACCCAUAUCAGGAAAAGAAAAAUGAGAGAAAUUCUCCAUAUCCAAGCUGGUCAAUGUGGAAACCAGAUUGGAGGGAAAUUCUGGGAAGUUGUUUGUGAUGAACAUGGAAUUGAUCCUGCAGGAAAUUAUAUUGGUAAGUCUCAAGUUCAACUUGAGAGGGUUAAUGUUUACUAUAACGAGGCCAGUGGUGGCCGCUACGUCCCCAGAGCUGUUUUAGUAGACCUUGAGCCAGGGACCAUGGAUAGCUUGAGAACUGGUCCAUUUGGGAAAAUCUUUAGGCCUGAUAAUUUUGUUUUUGGCCAAAAUGGGGCUGGUAAUAACUGGGCUAAAGGGCAUUAUACUGAAGGAGCAGAGCUGGUCGAUUCUGUUCUUGAUGUUGUGAGGAAAGAGGCUGAGAAUUGUGACUGCUUGCAAGGGUUUCAAAUUUGUCAUUCCUUGGGAGGUGGCACUGGUUCAGGAAUGGGAACUCUGCUUAUAUCAAAGAUAAGGGAAGAAUACCCAGAUAGAAUGAUGUUAACUUUCUCAGUUUUUCCCUCUCCUAAGGUCUCUGAUACAGUUGUUGAGCCUUACAAUGCCACUCUCUCUGUGCACCAACUUGUUGAAAAUGCUGAUGAGUGUAUGGUACUUGACAAUGAAGCACUUUAUGAUAUCUGCUUCAGAACUCUCAAGCUCACCAAUCCAAGCUUUGGUGAUCUUAACCAUUUGAUCUCUACAACCAUGAGUGGAGUAACAUGUUGCCUUCGCUUCCCCGGACAACUCAACUCCGAUCUUCGAAAACUAGCCGUAAAUUUAAUUCCUUUCCCACGUCUCCACUUCUUUAUGGUUGGAUUUGCACCCUUGACCUCCAGAGGCUCACAACAGUACCGUGCCCUGACAAUUCCUGAGCUUACACAGCAAAUGUGGGAUGCUAAGAACAUGAUGUGUGCAGCUGAUCCGCGACAUGGAAGGUACUUGACUGCUUCAGCUUUGUUUAGGGGCAAAAUGAGCACCAAAGAAGUUGAUGAGCAAAUGAUAAAUGUACAAAAUAAGAACUCAUCUUAUUUUGUUGAGUGGAUACCUAACAAUGUGAAGUCAAGUGUAUGUGAUAUUCCACCAACUGGGUUGGCAAUGUCAUCAACAUUUAUGGGAAAUUCCACUUCCAUUCAGGAAAUGUUUAGGCGUGUAUCAGAGCAAUUUACUGUUAUGUUCAGGAGAAAGGCGUUUUUGCAUUGGUAUACAGGGGAGGGAAUGGAUGAGAUGGAAUUUACUGAGGCAGAGAGUAAUAUGAAUGAUUUGGUAUCAGAAUAUCAACAAUAUCAAGAUGCUGCAGUGGACCAUGAGGAGGAGGAAGAUGAAGAGGCUUUCGAGGAUUAAAUGGGGAAUUCUGGCUUUGGUUUUGGUUUGUGUAUGAUCAUAGAGAAAACAUUCUGUAUUGCUGUUUGAUAAUGGUCAAUAAGUCAUGAUGAUAAUGUGUUGAGUGAAGUGAAUUUUCGUGAGAUAGUGAUUUAUUUACAUGUAAUUGUGAGUGCUGGUUUUGUAUUUAUUAAUUGUUUUAUAUUUACAAACCAACAAUUUCAAAAA